UCCUUGUUAAAAACGGAGCUCCUCCUCUUUCUACCUAAUCUGCAACCUCAUCCACCUUCCCCUUCUCCACUCUUCUCCUUGUCCAGUUCGAUUCCGUCGCGGUUCACCUCGUCUCCAACUCCGACAGGCGCCAGCUCGUUCCGCCGCCGGGACACCUCUUUGAUUUGUUUGCCAGUGGAUUCCGAGAGGUUGGGUGCUUGCUGUCUGUCGGUGGUAUGCUUGUGCUUACUGUUGCGGUCGCUGUUGUUGGGUUCGUCAUAUUCUUAUUCAGCUAGCCAAAGCUGGAGGCAAUCAUGGCUUCAACAUUUGGUGCCACUUCUACGGUUGGUCUCAUGGCAACUCCAACUGGCAAGACAUCUUCAUUAUCUUUGGUGUCAUCUAUCUCCACUACCAACCGGCCACAAAAUGCGCGCCUUCAGAGGAGGUCCAACUUCAGAGUAAAAGCAGCAAAGGAGCUGUACUUCAACAAGGAUGGUUCAGCUACCAAGAAGCUCCAGACUGGAGUCAAUAAGCUCGCAGACCUAGUUGGAGUUACACUGGGACCGAAGGGAAGGAAUGUUGUUUUGGAGAGCAAGUAUGGCUCUCCUAAGAUUGUCAAUGAUGGUGUUACAGUUGCAAAAGAGGUUGAGCUGGAGGAUCCUGUUGAAAACAUUGGUGCUAAGUUGGUUAGGCAAGCUGCAGCUAAAACCAAUGAUCUAGCUGGAGAUGGGACAACUACUUCUGUGGUCCUUGCUCAGGGGCUGAUUGCUGAGGGUGUUAAGGUUGUGGCAGCUGGUGCUAAUCCUGUACAGAUUACCCGGGGUAUCGAGAAAACAGCGAAAGCACUGGUUGAAGAACUACGGAAGAUGUCAAAGGAGGUUGAAGAUAGCGAACUUGCAGAUGUUGCUGCGGUAAGUGCUGGCAACAACUAUGAAAUUGGUAACAUGAUAGCAGAGGCUAUGAGCAAGGUUGGCCGGAAGGGUGUGGUUACCCUCGAAGAGGGAAGGAGUUCCGAAAACAAUCUCUAUGUUGUGGAGGGAAUGCAAUUUGAUCGUGGUUACAUCUCUCCUUACUUUGUAACUGACAGUGAGAAAAUGUCUGUCGAGUACGAGAACUGCAAGCUACUUUUGGUGGACAAAAAAAUCACCAAUGCAAGGGAUCUUAUCAACGUUUUGGAGGAAGCCAUCAGAGGUGCAUACCCAAUCCUGAUAAUUGCUGAGGAUAUUGAGCAGGAGGCUCUUGCUACCCUUGUUGUCAACAAGCUCAGAGGAUCAUUGAAGAUUGCUGCUAUCAAAGCCCCUGGUUUUGGAGAGCGCAAGACCCAAUACCUGGAUGAUAUUGCCAUACUUACUGGGGGAACUGUAAUCAGAGAUGAAGUUGGAUUGUCACUUGACAAGGCGGACAAAUCAGUUCUUGGGACGGCUGCUAAGGUUGUCCUUACCAAAGAGACGACAACAAUAGUUGGUGAUGGCAGCACCCAGGAAGAAGUUACUAAGAGGGUUGCACAAAUAAAAAAUCUCAUCGAGGCAGCAGAACAAGAAUAUGAAAAGGAAAAGCUCAACGAGAGGAUAGCAAAGCUCGCUGGGGGUGUUGCUGUCAUUCAGGUGGGAGCACAAACAGAAACUGAACUAAAAGAGAAGAAGUUGAGAGUUGAGGAUGCCCUAAAUGCAACUAAGGCUGCUGUUGAGGAAGGUAUUGUUGUUGGUGGAGGGUGUACCCUUUUGAGGCUGGCAGCUAAAGUAGAUGCCAUCAAGGACACGUUGGAGAACGAUGAGCAGAAGGUUGGAGCUGAAAUAGUGAGGAGGGCCUUGAGCUACCCACUUAAAUUGAUUGCUAAAAACGCUGGUGUUAACGGCAGCGUUGUUACUGAGAAGGUUCUUUCUAAUGACAACCUCAAGCAUGGUUACAAUGCUGCUACUGGCCAGUAUGAAGACUUGAUGGCUGCCGGUAUCAUUGACCCCACUAAGGUGGUGAGAUGCUGCUUGGAGCACGCGGCGUCCGUGGCCAAGACCUUCCUCACGUCGGACGUCGUCGUCGUCGAGAUCAAGGAGCCUGAGCCCGCCGCACCUCUCACUAACCCGAUGGACAACUCUGGCUAUGGAUACUGAUGAGGUGAUGGUCAAGCCAUUUUAUCUUUUUUGGCGUAGGCGAGUCUUGGGAACCAGGAGAGGUCGAGAUAGUUUUGUUCUGAGAUGAUGUGUGCGAUUUGUUGUACCACCAAAGGUGGAAUAAGCAGAAAGCGCUGAAAGAUUUUGCAGAGAUCUAGAACGUAUAACUAGAGUUUUGUUGUACCAAAGGUGGAAGAGCAGAGAAACUGUAGUCCAAAUUUGUGGUGCAAUUGGAACGCCUGUCGAAUUAAGCAGAAAGAUUUUGCAAGCGAUAACAUUUUUUU